AGCCUGAAAAACUCAUGGUAGCUUCCCAAGGAACCCCUUUAGUAUUUUCUGUGACAAUAUCUCAAGGGCUACAUAAAUCCCUAAAAAGCUCCUUCAGUCCCAAGCAAAUUUGAUGCCUCAAAUUCCAAUUCCCUGACUUCCAGGAGCACCGGACGCCUCUCGGGUUUGAUGGGAGUACACACCAUUCCUCCUCUAAAACCCCUAAAAAGGACCCUCUAAGAAUGAUUUGAACUUUUUCCAUGAACCCUUCAAGCACAAGGAUCCUCAAUGAUCUCUGGAAUCCUCUCAAGGGCCACGAUUACAAUUGUAUACAUCUCCCAGUCCCUCUGCAUGGACUCAACAGUUUUAAAAAUGACUGACUAAAAUGCAGACCAUCGGCUGUUGCUACUUGGCACGGUAUUCACAUCCAGGGAGUUUCACUUCAACCCACUUUAAGGGACGUCGGGACGUAGCUCCUCCAGAGUCGCGGUGCGUUGGGUCCGGGCUGAACACCGAUCAGGCUCGGACGGUUCCCGUCCCGCGUGAAGUCUGUGACGGCGGUGACGACGAACGUUGUCUGACCACACCUGGCGUUGCCACAGGCGUCGGCCCGGAGCUCCACCUGGCAGGCGGACAGCGCCACGUUUGAGGCCUCGUGUCCAAGACUGUCUGCGGAUGUCAACACGGCAGUCUGACCUGGUUCGUGGACGCUCAGAGCCAGAGGGACUCCACAUUGGUGGCCGUGGUCGGAGAUGUAGCAGGGGACGGGCACUGUGCUGUGGAUGGUCACCUCAUGCUCCUGUCUGUUCUCUGCUACGUGGAGCGAGUCCGGGGAAAACUGAAGAGCAAGAGGGGGGAAGAACGAGCCUUUGAGGCUCCCGCGGAGUCUGAUGCAGUGUGGAUGGAAAACAUCACCUUCAGCAGGAGUUGGAGCUCCAGCUAUUGUGAUGAAAUGAAAGCAGACGGCUUAGUGAGCUGCGAGAAAGAUGUGAAUAAUGGCAGAAGCGGAAGGAAAGAAGGCCAGCAGUUGCCCGAUUCCCACCGCGAUGGACCCCUUGGUCGGCUCAACUCCGAGAGAAACUCUGGAGCGGGUGUCGGCCUCGUUGGGCUGCAGUCCGACCUCUGCCCAAGUGGCCUCAUACCUUGACGAGCAUGACGAGCUGGGACACCUCAGGGAGAAGUUUCUGGUGCCCAAAAUUGCAGACUUGCCUCCUUCGGAUCUCUCACUGGUCGACGGCAGCAAGGAGUGCAUCUACCUCGUGGGGAACUCACUGGGGCUGCAGCCCAAAAUGGCCAGGAUAUAUGUGGAGGAGGAGCUGGACAAGUGGGCGAAAAUGGGUGUUCAUGGUCACACGGAGGGCUCUCGACCUUGGGCCUGGGCUGAAAACAACAUAGAGGAGCUGAUGGCUAAUGUUGUCGGAGCGAAACCUGAAGAAGUGGCACUGAUGAACGGCCUGACGGUUAAUUUACACCUCCUGAUGCUUUCCUUCUACAACCCCACGGCAGCUCGGCACAAAAUCCUGCUAGAAGACAAGGCCUUUCCCUCAGACCAUUACGCUGUGGAAUCCCAGGUGAGGCUGCGGGGAUUCGACCCUCAGGAGAGCACGCUGCUGCUGUCACCCAGAGCGGGAGAGGAGACUCUGCGGACGGAGGACAUCCUGCAGGUGAUCGAGAAGGAGGGCGACUCCAUCGCUCUGGUGAUGCUCAGCGGAGUUCAGUACUACACCGGUCAGCUGUUCAACCUGGCCGCCAUCACGGAGGCCGGCCAGAGGAAGGGCUGUUACGUAGGGUUCGACUGCGCCCACGCUGCGGGGAACGCCGAGUUAAAGCUGCACGACUGGGGAGUCGACUUCGCCUGCUGGUGCUCCUACAAGUAUCUAAAUUCAGGUGCCGGUGGCUUAGCAGGAGCGUUUAUCCACGAGAAACAUAAAGACGCCAUCAAACCAGCGCUGUUGGGAUGGUGGGGACAUGACCUGAAGACUCGGUUCCAAAUGAAUAACGAGUUGGAGCUGCAGCCUGGUGUGAGUGGCUUCAGACUCUCCAACCAGCCCAUCCUGCUGGUCUGCCCCCUGCAGGCCAGUUUAGAGGUAUUUAACAUGACCAGUAUGCAGGCACUACGCAGGAAGUCCCACCUGCUGACGGGCUACCUGGAGUACCUGAUCCAGCAUUUCUACGCCGAGGACCCCGCCCAGCCCCACAAACCACACGUCCGCAUCAUCACGCCGUCGGACCCUCGGCAGAGAGGCUGCCAGCUCUCGCUCUCCUUCUCUGUCCCCAUCACAAAGGUGUUCCAGGAGCUUGAGAAGAGGGGAGUCACUUGUGACAUGAGGGAGCCCAGCGUGCUGCGAAUCGCACCGGUGCCGCUCUACAACACCUUCAGCGACGUCCACGCCUUCAUAGAGACACUGGGAUCCGCUCUCGUAGCCAGUGGAUGAAGAGUGGACCGAAAGGUUCGCUGUGAAAAUAUCAGCUCUGACCGCUGCAAAGUCAUAAAGUUAUAGGAAGAGUGGAUUCUCAGCGGUGUGAAUUUUUUUUUUUUAAAAGUUGUGUGUCAUUGACUAAAUGUCUAUUUUAAGGUCUGAUGGAUAUUUAUCAGGGACUGUCUGGAAUGAACAGAUCCCCCCUCCAUCAAUCUAAGAUAAACUGAAAACCAGUUGGAAAAUAAUAUAGAUGUUUCCUUUUUUUAAUAGAUUUUUCUAUUUAAACACAAGCCAGAAAGAUCAGAAGGUAAAUGUAGUACGAACACAAAAGCCAUUCGAGAAGUUUGAUGAAAUUAAAAUGUCUAAAAUUAAGGUUUAUGAUUAGGACAGAUGAUUAAGACAGAACACUAUGGGAAGAGUUUGACAUACAGACAAACCUUCUUAUAAUUCCGAUUCUCAAAAGACAACUUGAUGUUGGUCUAAGUUCAGGUGCAUAUUUAAAGUUUUACAUGUCGGGGUUGCAAUGUACAGUAAGCUUAAAAAAUCCAAAUAAAAGCUCCUACAAUUC